AUGAAGUUUGUAGAGUUAUCUUCCUAUGCUUAUUCUGGUGCAGUCGAUCAUCCUCUUCUCAUUGAGCAAUUCCUGUGUCGCUUGACUCCUUCGAUACUUGGUUUAAUUUCCACUAUGACCUUUGCCAACUUGAAUGAGUGUAUGAUAGCAACCUUGUGGACUGAGGCACGUCAAGACGCAAUUGAGAAAAAGAGUUCGGACCGAGAAAGAGUAAAUGACCAAAAAAUGAACAAGAAGAACCAAGGGCGGUGGUUAUCCCAAGGACAUCAGCUUAGUGGGGGUAGCACUAGUAGCGGUUCUUCAGGAAAGGCUCAAAUUGGGCCGAUGGGUGUUUUAGCUGUGGCCAACAAGAUCAUAAGAAGAAAGAUUUCCCGCAAUGACAAUAGAGAUCCCAACCAUCACAUGGAGUGUCCAUAUGGACCUAUAGGUUCAAUUAGGGAGGAGGUUCUAGUGCGAGCACAAGCCAUCCUGGUCAAGGAAAGUGGAAAGCAAAAGGAAAAGCCUCUGGUCAAGCCUAUGCUCUUGGAGGUGAUGAUGUGCAAGGAGGAACAAGCUAAGGAGUUGUGGAUGGUAUGCAUGUUGGGUUUGGGUUGGGAAACUUUUAGUCCUGCCUUGCAGUUGAGUGUACCUAUGGGAGGGCAUGAUGAGGUAUCCACCAUCUGUAAAUCAGUUUGUGUUGUGUUUGAAGGGCAUAAGUUUUUAGAAUCAUAUCCUAGGAAAAUAAAGUUAGAGUGUUAUGGGAGUUUGUUUGAAAUUGGGGAUGAGUCUAGGUCUCGAGACAAGUUUCCUUGGAUAUCAGUGGUUAGUGGCUUUCCAGAUGUGUUUCUUGAGGAUUUUUUAGGGCUACCAACUAAUAGUGAGAUCGAGUUUUGCAUUGAUUUGAUUCUCGGGACUCAAAUAGUUUGUAUUGCACCUUAUCAAAUGUCACUUGCAGAGUUGGAUAAAUUGAAAAAGCAAUUGGGUCAGCUGAUGGAUAAAUGUUACAUCAGGAACAGUACUUCCCCAUUGGGAGCUCUAGUCUUGUUUGCCAAGAAAGCAAAUGAAUCCUUGCGACUGUGCGUCGAUUAUAGGAAAUUGAAUCAUAUGGAAAUUAAGAACAAGUAUCUUUUGCCAAGAAUAGAUGAGUUGUUAGAUAAGCUCAGAGGUUCAAAGUGUUUUUCCAAGAUUGACUUGAGGUCAAGCUAUCAUCAAUUGAGGAUUACGGAAGAGGAUAUUCCUAAGACUGCUUUCAAGACGCGUUAUGGACACUUUGAGUUUUUGGUGAUGCCAUUUGGAUUUACUAAUGUGCCUGCAACAUUUAUGGACUUUAUGAAUAUGAUCUUUAGACCUUAUUUGGAUAAGUUUGUGGUAGUUUUUAUUGAUAACAUUUUGGUGUAUUCCAAGACACCUGAGGACCAUGUUGAGCACUUAUCAAUUGUGUUGAAAACUUUGAGAGAUCAUCAUUUAUAUGCUAAGAAAGGGAAAUGUGACUUCAGGAUGACUAAUGUCAAAUUCUUAGAGCAUGAUGAAAGUUUUGAAGAUGCUUUCAGAGAACUGAAGCAAAGAUUGACUACGACGCAUGUUCUCACUGUGCCUAAUAGUGAUGAACUGUAUGUGGUAUUCAUUGAUGCUUUUGGUACUGGUUUAGGAGAAGUUCUCAUGCAAAAUGGCAAGGUUGUUGCCUAUGCUUCAUGCCAAUUGAAUCCACAUGAGAAGAACUACCCCAUGCAUGACUUAGAACUUGUAGCAGUGAUUUUUGCCUUGAAGAUUUGGAGAUGUUACUUGUAUGGGGCAAAGUUUGAAUUAUAUUCUAAUCAUAAGAGUUUAAAAUAUCUCUUCACUCAAAGAGACUUGAAUUUGAGGCAAAGAAUAUGGGUCGAGUAUAUGAAAGAUUAUUAUUUCACUUUGCAAUGUCAUCCUGAAAAAGCGAAUGUGGUCGUUGAUGCAUUAAGUAGAAAACCUCAUGGUUUGCUUCAAUCUUUGCCUAUACUAGAAUGGAAGUGGGACAAGAUCACGGUGGACCUUGUGACUGGAUUACCAUUGACACCAUUAAAUCAUGACACUGUUUGGGUGAUUGUCGAUCGUUUGACCAAAUCUGCUCAUUUUAUUCUAAUUAGGAAGGAUUAUAAGACUUCUAGACUAGCUCGACUUUAUGUGGAUAAUAUAGUUCAACUGCAUGGGGUUCCUUCAAGCAUUGUUUCAGAUAGAAAUCCUCAAUUUACAUCAAGGUUUUGGCGAGCAUUGCAAAAAGCCUUGGGGACUGAGCUUAAGUUGAGCACUGCUCACCAUCCUCAGCCAGAUGGACAGUCUCAGAGGACCAUCCAAACUUUGGAGGACAUGCUUCGUUCUUGUAUUUUGGAUUUUGGAGGUAGUUGGGGAGAACACUUGUCUUCGGUAGAACCAGAUGAGCAUGUCACUAUUGGACCUCAAAUUAUUGCUAGUACCACUAAGAAGAUCAAAGACAUUCAAGAGAGACUUAAGGUUGUUCAAAGUCAUCAGAAAAGUUAUGCCGAUCUCCACCGACGAGAAGUUGAGUUUGAGGUUGGUGACUAUGUCUUCUUUAAAGUUACUCCUAUGCAUGGUGUGAUGAGAUUUGGAGUAAAGGGUAAGCUAGCCCCGAGGUGUAUUGGACCUUUUAAGGUUAUCGAGUGGGUUAGGGAGGUUGCUUAUCGAUUGAGCUUACCAGCAUGGUUGGGGCAUGUUCUCAAUGUGUUCCAUGUGUCGAUGUUGAGGAAGUGUACUCCAGGCCCGUCACACAUCACUGAGUAUGAGGCUAUCCCUCUUCAAGAGAAUGUGACAUACGAAGAGAAACCUAUCAGAAUUCAGACAAGAGAGUUAAAGGUGCUAAGGAAUGAAGAGAUUCAAGUAGUCAAGGUCUUAUGA